UUUGCAGCCAUGGAACCUGGCCAAUUGCUCCUCACGGACGGAUUCACUCUGAUGGACUCCAUGAGUGUCAUAGAGAUUGGAGAGCCACGCAUGGAUAGCGGAAUGUCGUUAGAUGAAGAACAUAGGCCUCCGUUUGACCCACUGGCACCGCUUCUUCCUGAGGAGUUGUGCUACAUUCUCGAUAGGGUGUGCUCCUGCGAGAUGCAAUGGCAUGCUGGAUAUGCUCUUUCGCAAACAGUCUUCACUCUUCAAUAUGUGCAUGAUCUUGAUGUCAUUAUGGAUUUCUGGCCAUCUGUCUCAAGUGAUCCAGCAAGACCUGUUGAGCUCUUGAUUCACGUUCUUGUGGCAUGCGUUGAAGGGGUUUUGAAGUGUUGUGAUAUGACUUGGAGGGAACUAACGAAGGGCAGAGUCUUCGACACAGAGGACUGGCAAUCAGAGAAAAGCGGUGUCUCCUUGAUGGAGGGCACACAAAUUAGAAAUGUGUUGUCGCGUCUGGAGAAUGCGUGCAAUUGGAUCUCUACGAAUGAAUCCUUACGAUGGAGAGAACCUCUAUACAACCGAGUAAUGUUAAGAAAGACUCUGCUGGAGCUGUUCGCUCUUGAAAUGCCAAUGGACAGACAACGUUGUCAGACUCUUCUUGCGCAUGCUCGCACGUACUUGUACAACAUCCGGUAUCGCCCUGCCCCACCAGCCCCACCCGUCGGAUCUCCUGCGUUAUUGGCAUUCGAUCCUUAUGUCAGCCGUCGAUUAAACACCCUUGCCCCGCUUCAAAUUCUACCGAUGCUUGCUCAAGAAGAUACUUGGGAUGCUUUGGGAAAUCUUUUGGACGGCUGGACUGAACUUUGCCAGUUGUCUGCUAUCUCCCAUCUGUCUACUUGGAAGACUGUAGGAACCUUGCGCGCGUUAUCACCAGGCGUCAAAGUACCCUUUCUACGCUCGCUGACACAAUCAGUGUUUUUCGACGGCUAUCGCGUUUUAGGCACCCGAUUGCCAAUCUGGACUAUCGAACAAUUCUUCCUCGAAACCCUAGGGUUGCCCUGGGCUCGAAUCACUGCGGUAGUUAGAAGGCAGCCCGUCGUUUCUGCGGCUUCGUACCUGAGGGACACAGAGCAAAGAUUAGCGCGGGUCAGUGACUGUCCGCGACGCAGACAUUUUUCGAAUUCUCUUCUCGACUGGCAUGUUCUCUACGACUCAUGGGCAAAUAUGAACGAAACAGAACAUGCUAUCUUGCACGCCGUUCUGAAUGUCAUCAUGAUAUGGAGGCUUCGCAUCAUUGUCGAGGUCAUUUUCGCAGGAUUUCAACUCGACCUCUUCGUAGCGGACGAGUUGCCGUUUGCAUAUUGGUAUGCGUCACACGUAAUCGAGUCCCAGUUGGCCGUGAUCGGCGACAUCGCGCCAGUCAUCCCAAAAGAUAGUGCAGCCUUCGCCGAGCUGGAAUACGACCGCAAUCUUUUGGCAGCCAUGAAAAAGAUGUGCUUGGGAAUGUUCAUGCUCACUCUCCCCGACUUACCAUCAUCUCGACAUCGGUGGUCACAAAAUAGCUUGAAGCGGUAUAAGUGGGCGUUUCGACCCGAAUAUCAAACAACCACAAAUCCUCCGAUUGGCCACCCGGACGCGGACGCCUUUGUCGCAGCAUGUGAUGAAAGCUUGGAG